GCGGCCGAGGCUGAGGGGGCUGCGGAGGGUGCGGCAGCCGCUGGCGCCCGGUCUGACAGCGGGCAGCCGCCGGGCCGGGCCUGCCAAGGGCACCGGGCUCUUCCCGGGAACAAAGCUUGUGUCGUGAUGUCUGGGCUCUGAGCCGUCCUCGGACAGGCGCGGUGACUCCAGUUUUUGCAGCAGUUAGGUAUAAGAAGAGCUGGCCUUGGCUUUCCAGGACAAGCAACGAUGGCUGGCCAUGACUCAGGAUCUCAACACCAGUUCACUGGAUUUCAGAAGUACUUCAAUUCCUAUACCAUCAUAGGCAGGAGGAACUGUGUAAUAGCAACAUACACAGGUAUUGCAAUGCUCAUCUUGUAUUUCAAGCUGAGACCUAAAAAGAAAACUCCUGCUGUGGCAGAUAAGUAAAUGGUUGCUGGCAUCUCUGAAUCCCCAAUCUGUGUCAAUGUCAUGCAAGCUGAUGACCUGUUGUGGCUAAUAAAAUAGAAAUAAUUACUUGUUUUGUUGGAAAUAUGAAAUAGUGCAAAAAAAUCAUAGAUGUGGCA